CCGACGACCUCCACCUCUGCGGCCACCCGCUCGCGACUCCUCAUCGCGCAGAGCACGGCACGUAAACGCAGUCUUUGCCUGUCCUUACAGCACCUCUCUUCGAGCAACCCACGCAAAACGUUGACGAGCCCUUCCGUUGACAUCGCAGCCGCGUCCCCACCGGCGACGUCGAGCACCCUUCGCCCAUCGCCCGAUCAAGAUGGGCAUGAUGCGCGUGUUGCAGCGGGUGGGACGCUGCGCCCACAAUGCACCCGUCAUCAGCAAGCUCGCAGAGGCCGAAAAAGCCCACGUACGUCGGUCUCUCGACACCCGCUCUGGUGACUCGCCGUCGCACUCUGUCAAUACACGGUCUGCCUCUGCCUUUAUACCUCGCCAGCGGGACCCGGGGCAUUCAUCAGCAACCCAAGUCGCCGUCCACCAUUCGGGCGACGAGCGAGAUGAUGUCCGUUGUGCGGAAGCGAAUGUGGCGCGCGUUCGCAGCACUGCUGGUGCCACUGGCACGGACGCAACUAGAGGCGCGGGCACUGCGGGAUGCACGGCUCUGCUUAGGUGCGUGCGUGCGCGCUGCUCGGGCGCAGCUCGUGGACGCUCGAGCGCGGUCUCUGUGCUGGCGGCUGCUUCGGUGUCGCAGUGGUGAGUCGCCAGUGCGAGCUCCCCCUCCUGGCUGUAUACUCACGGUGCAGCGAGCAAGCGCAAGGUCAACGGCGGUGCACGUACGUGCAGUCUGUCCCGUCCCUUCCCUUCCCUUCCAACCGGGCUCUCCUCGCGACCGGUCAGCCAGACAGGCGAAUGCGGCGUGUCGUGCCAUGUACCGAUGCGAUUGGGAGGCAUCGUAUCAGCGGAUGCGGACAUCGUCUCACUUGCUGCGUGCUCACCAGCGGUCCAUGCAAUGGAGGAACAUACUCGCCUCCGAGGACGCCGUGCACGCGAGAGCGAGAGGUAUGCCUCCGCACCCGAGAAUUCCCUGCUAACGCGCACCGGACAUGCGCCGCGCCCUCGCCGUCCGUAGAGCUGUGCCCGCGUUCGAGUCCGCCUGUGGAGAGCAGCUGACGUUGCGACGGCGAGUGCUC